AUGUCUACUCGAAACUUUAAGAAAGCCACCAGUUUGUUUCUUAAUUCGAUCUCAACUUUCACAACUUAUGAACUUUUCCCAUAUGACAACUUCAUAUUUUACACAGUCCUUACCAGCAUCAUAUUGUUGGAUAGAGUUUCCUUGAAACUGAAGGUAGUUGAUGCUCUUGAGAUCUUCACAGUUAUUGGGAAAAUCCCGCAUCUGUUGGGGUUUUUGAACUCUUUAUAUGAUUGUCAGUACAACUGGCCUGAUGGAGCAAAUAAAAUUGGACCGUUAUUUGCAUCCCCACUUCUGGUAUACAUGAGGGAGGUUAGGACCGUGGUUUAUUCCCAAUUCUUGGAAUCCUAUGAGAGUGUCACAAUUGAGGCAAUGGCAAAAGCAUUUGGAGUAACAGUAGAGUUCAUUGAUUUGGAACUGUCACAUUUUAUUGCAGCAGGGAAGCUUCACUGCAAGAUUGAUAAAGUUGCCGGUGUUUUGGAAACUAACUGUCCAGAUGCAAAGAAUGCUCUUUAUCAAGCAACUAUCAAGCAAGGGGACUUCCUACUAAACCGAAUUCAGAAGCUUUCUCGUGUGAUUGAUCUUUGAAAGCAUUUCUUGCGUUUUGGAAAAUGAUGCCCCAAAGUGGGUCUAGGGACUUCAUGCUUGUUGCUUUAUCAUGCUACAUUGUAUUCUUAGUGAUCUUUGAAUUUA